AUGACGGAACCAAAGGCUUGUAAGCCAUUAGUUUUGAACGACCUCUUGAUCCAGAAUGUCAAUACUUGGGGUAAUGUGCAGUACAAUAUUCCACUGAGACUCUCCAACAAUGAAACUAGGACUGGCACCAGUAUUGGGCUUCGGCAUAUACCUGGUAUACCGCAUAGCUUGGAUUGUAAAAUUGACGAGCCUCUUCCAACUCGGGUGACAGGCAGAGACAUGGUGGUUGAAAAAGAGUCAUACAAAACCACCACUGGCGAAUACUGCGUCAAGCCAAACCCCAAUAAAGCGAUGGAGAGAUCAGAUUGUGCCAUCAACUGCCGACGAGUUAUAUUCCUGACAGGACUUGAGAAACGGUUACAAGGGAAAAGUAUAACGAAGCCACAAAUGCUGUCGGAAAUGAAAGAUAACUACAGAGGUCUAGCGAAGUCACCUUUAGCACCUCCUCCGGUAGAAAUAAAAGCACCUGACCCGGAAUAUAUUUUUCCUGCUGUAGCAGCUGGAAGAAAUGAAGCCCCCGUUAUAUUUGACAACGUCCCAGGGGGGUACAGAAGACUCAUGGAUCCCUAUGUGUCAACUUACAGAGCUAAUCAUAGACCCUUUACCCCUGACGACCAAUAUGGCAUUGGCGCUAAGGAUCAUAUCACUUUCUACACUGAAUCAAAUACUCCCAAGGUGAAAGGCUUCGGACCACGACACAAAGAAAUAUGGAUGCCUUUAACUGGUACUGUUCGUAGAAGCGUAUAUGAUAGAAUCCAUGUAGGCAAAGAAUAUAGGGAGGUGGCGGCCUGCCAUAAUCCUGUCAAUAAUUUGAAAGGUGUCUUUAAAUCGGAAACACACAGUAAAUACAAAGUUCCGUACGCUCUAUCGGACCUCGCGUCAUAUGGUCACGGGGAGGUGUUCGACCUGGCUCCAUUCCCUCCCAAUCCUUUCCAAACGAACAUCGCGCCAUUUAUGUACUGCAGUGAUUAUUGCCACAUCGCUCAAGGAACCCCUCCGUAUACUGUAAUAGACCAAAUAACCCACAAGUUGCCACCCCAUAAGGGUUGCGUUCAAAAAUACGUGGUGUCUAGAGAUUAA